AUGAAUAAGGAGAUGGCAACUGAGUCUGCAUUGUGCCCCUGCCACCUCCGACCUCCGCUCGCCAGUUCCCAUCUGCUUUGCAAGGUUUGGAUCCUGUGGGUCCCUCUUGAAGACCGGAAAACCAGCGUGGACUUUGACCAGAAAGGCACUUCCCACACCCAGACCAUGGAAACAAAGGCACCAACUGAGAAGCGAAUCCAGGAACACAGGGAACUGCAGGAAUCAUGGGCUGAUGAGAUGAAUUUGUCUUCGACAUCGGCCGCAGGCCUGGGAAUGAAUCGCUACAGUUCUAAUUUCCAACGGCUGACUCCAACAGCUCGAGCUCGUUCCAGGCCGGCGCUGGAGGAAGUGAAUGAUGGAAGGCCCUCGGCAAACAACCGCAAGCGGAAUGGAGGAAAGGGUGCUGCGGCGCCAGGUAAGAAAGGAAGACAAUCGGUUGAUGGGCUGGAAGCUCCAGAAGUUGCUGCUGCAAAGCUGAAAUCGGCCACCAUUAAGGAGGUUACCGCUGCUCUUGAUGGCUUGAAAAGGGCCAAGGCCAAGCUUGCUGCUGAAGUGCCUGAUCCACAGACCGAAGGAGAGCUAGUAAGCCCUGAGGUCCAGCUGUUGGCGCAACGUUUGGAGAUGCUGAACUUGGCUUUGGAAGAGGGCGAGAGGAGCGUUGCAGACAUGAAAGCGGACAACGACAUCCUCCGGGCCAAGAUGCAUCAAGAUCCGUACAUGAAGGCUGUGUUGGAGGCCCAAUGGCCGAUUCAGAACUCAGUGCCUAAGAUCCAAAAGUUGGCGGACGACCAAGCUGCAGCCUUGAAACUGCUGGGCCAUCUUGUGCAAUGUUCUUCAACGAGCUUGUCGCAAUAUCUUACCACCCGCGAUGCCUUGAAGAAACACCAAGACGAGGAAGAAAAAAACAAGAAAGAAGAGUUGCGUCUCCAGAAGCUUGAUGAGAAGAACGCGGAGCGAGAGAAGAAGAAAAAAGAUAGGGACGACACUGCUGCCGAGAAGAAGGCUGCAAAGAAGGCAAAAGCUGCAGCAAAAGCAAAAGGUAAGCGCAAAGGAGAAGAAGAUGAACAGGAUGGAGAAGGACAGGAGAGUAAGAGGCGAAAAAGGAAUUCAGGGGUCAGUCUGAAAGGUCGGACCCGAGGAGACUUUGCUGACUCAGACCCUUCUGUGCUCAAAGAAGGCAACCAGUUUGAUGCCGCCAAGCAGUGCAAAGUUUUCACAGACCCCCGUGCAUUUCUUGAGCAAUGCAUACGGGGGGAGGCAGCAGUCUUGCGAAUGAAGAAGGCCGCCGUCAAGAAGGUGGCAGGGUUGUCGUUCCCAGAGUUUAGUGAGAAUGCUGCUGCUGGCGACAACGAAUCAUCAGGUUCUGAAGACAUCAAACGUUUCCUGGCGCAUCUCUCGAAAGAUGUGUCCAGCCAGGCGGCCAAUGUGGGGGCCGCUUUGAAAAGGUUGAAUGACAAGGAUGUGCGCAAAGUCAGCUAUUUCAACUGCGGUGUUGACCGGGCAAAAGCUCUGGCAGCUGAUGGCGUUUUGCAUGGAUGCAUCACAGAAGGUGCCCCUGACGCGUGGGUUUUCGAUCGGCUUGCGGCCAUUGAGCACCUGACGGAACUUGGCGAAGAGGAUGCCGCCAAGAAGCUUGCGGGCGCAUCGACGGUGGGAGUUCCACGGGGAUCAGUUUGGUCAGGUGUCAUUCCAGGCGGCACACCAUCUUUCACCUAUGUCAUGGAAGGAAACCUUGCAAGGUCUCUCGUGAAAUUGAAAGAGCUGGAUGCCCUUUUCCCUGACGCCAGUGUUCAAGACAAAGUGAAAAGUUUCGAGGCAUUUGGAGCAGCAAAGGCGGAGUCUGUUGAAAGCCUUCGAUAUGCCUACGCAAUGCCAGGCGACCUGCUUUUUACUCCAGCUGCUUGCAUCGUUUCAGAGAAAGGAUUGAACAGCGAUUGCAUCUGCCUGAGAGUUCCAGCUUUGUUGGCUUCGCCAAACAUGGUGGAAGACUACCGUGCCAUGCUGAAAGAUUUUCCAGGGUCCCUGAACAAGAUGAGCGAAUUUUGCUUGGAAAUGGUGGAAAGAUGCUGCGCGAAAAGCCGUGUCGCCAUGACUCCGGAUGAUGCCAUUGACCCACCAGUGAGUGCUGAAGCCGAAGUGGAUGAAGAUGAUGAGCCAAAGACCAGUGAAAAGCCUGCAGGUAAUGAGGCCGAAGCAAAGGAAGAAUCCAGAACGCCCAUGCAAAAGGCAGAGCGUCUCCAGGUCAAAGUGGAGGUUCCUGCCGGUACUGCGGGCAACGACGCUGCGAGGGGCAUUAUUGAUGUCGAGGACGAAAGUCUGGAGGAUGAGUUUGCAAAGUUGGUGGAGGAAGAAGCUGCUUUGUCUCCAAGCGACGCCUAUGAGAGUGAGGGCGAUGCGGGUGGUGAGGAUGCCAAGGGUGCAGCUGCUUCUGAAGCUGCGCAGGAAGCUGACUGUGAAGGUGCCCCGGCUGUUGCUGCAGCUCCGCGCGCACCCAGCGCCAAAGUUGAAAGCUUUCAGGAUGCCGGGUCAAAGACAGGAGAAGUUUCUGAGGACACCGGUGCUGCAGGCCCAAGUGCUGCUGCAGCUGCUUGUGUGCCUGACGAGACCAAUCCUUCCGGAGCCACAAAGACAGCUGAAGAGUUUGCUGCAACCGAAGCUCCUUCCAGAGUCGAGUCAAAGACAGGAGAAGUUUCUGAGGACACCGGUCCUGCAGCCCUGGUCGCCAACCAUGACGGACAUCCUGCAGAGGAAAGCCAUGGGGAAGCCAAGGCCGCCCCAUCCCCGGGUGCUGCUGCAUCUCCUUGUGUGACUUCCGGAGCCACAAAGGAAGCUGAAGAGUUUGCUGCAACCGAAGCUCCUGUCGGAGCCGGUGCUGCAGCCUUGACCAAAAACCAUGGCGGACACCCUGCACCUGCAGUGGAGGGUGAAGUGAGUGGUGGAGAGCCAAAAGGUGCAGCUCUUGCUGCCAAAGUUGAAACUUUUGCCAUGCCUGCUGCAGCUGCAGUAGAAAGCGCCAAGAAAUCCGAGGAUUCUGAAAGGGCGGCUGAAGCUGGAAAGGCAGCAGGGCAAUCUCUUUUAGCCGCCAUGGCAAAUGCCAAGGCAAAGGCAGGCACCAAGGCCAAGGGGAAGGCCAAGGCGAAAGCGUGUCGCCACGACAACGAUGACUUCGCUGUGAUUACAUGGGCCGGCCUCCGUGUAAAAGCGUCUGUGUGUACAAGUAAUUGUGUGUAA